AUGGCCGGUGCAGGAGCUGUAUCCGCCAUGGCGCUGUUCUUCCUAGUCACGCUCUCCGCCUCCCAGCUGGUCUCCUCCCUUCGCCCUGGCGUCGGCCUCAGCACGUGCCGCGCCAGCGGGUACCUCCCGGGUCGCUCCGGCAACUGCGAGAAGAGCAAUGACCCGGACUGCUGUGAGGACGGCAAGAUGUACCCGCAGUACCGCUGCUCGCCGCCGGUGACGGCGAGCACCAAGGCCGUGCUGACGCUCAACAGCUUCGAGAAGGGCAAGGACGGCGGCGGCCCAUCGGAGUGCGACAACGCGUACCACAGCGACGAGGAGAAGGUGGUGGCGCUCUCUACAGGGUGGUUCAGCAACAUGGCACGCUGCGGGCACCAAAUCAAGAUUAGCGCCAACGGCAACUCUGUGUACGCCAAGGUGGUGGACGAGUGCGACUCCGUGCACGGCUGUGACGACGAGCACAACUUUGAGCCGCCGUGCGACAACAACAUCGUUGACGCCUCGCCGGCGGUGUGGGACGCCCUGGGACUCGAUCAGAACCUCGGGAUGGUGGACAUCACCUGGUCCGAGUGA